ACCCUCCAUUUCCAAAAAGCAAAGGCAGAAAGAUACAGUGAUGUUUUCUACUUUGCGCCAUCUCUGUACAAGCACCGGCACCAGCACCAGCACCAGCACCACCUCAAGAAUCCCUUGGAGGUAUAAGAAGCUUGCUGUGACACAAGCACAGCAUGCCCUCACUGAUUACCUUCAUGCCACAAGGAGCAUCCCUUAUCCCUAUGCUGACCAGAUUGCAAAGAAUUCCCUUCUCUCUCUCACCAAUCUCAUUUCAAAGGUCCCUUUUUCACCUUCAAAUUUCUCCCAGAACCUUGACAAGUUCCUCAGGUACAACCCCAUCAAUGAAUUUGAGUUUUUCUUUGAAAGCAUUGGCAUACAUUAUACUCAACUUCAUGCUUUGUUGCCUCCCAACAAGUUCUUCUUUUCUGAAGAUGGGUCCCUUCUGGAUGCUGCUUGUGCUCUCUCUGAAUUUGGGUUUCCCUGGGAUAAGCUUGGGGUGUUGUAUAUGGAGAGUGGUUCCGUAUUUAAAAGGAGUGCUUUAGAGUUGAAGGGUAGGCUUUGUUUGUUCAAAAGAUAUGGUUUUUGUAAUGCACAAGUCACUGGGAUAUGUUUGGCUUUCCCUUUUGUUUUUUGUGAGGAGGAAGGCCAAUUGGGUGCUCUGAUUGAUGGGUUGUUUUCUGAUCUGAAAGUGGCUUUUUGGGAUUUUGAUUUGGCAGGUUCUGUUGAGGGGAAUGUGGAGGCUUGGCAUGAGGUGUGUAGGAAAAUUAGGGUGUUUUACAAAUUGAAUGGUGACAAGGUUUUUAAGAUAGGGGAUCUCAUUGGAAGGAAUAAAAGUGUCAUUCUUGAGCAUGGAGAAGAGGAGUUGAUUCAAAAGGUUGAGUAUUUUUGUAGUUUUGGUGUCAAGAAGGAGGAAGUGGCACGGUUUAUUCUCGAGGGCUCAGAAUUGUUGAAUCUUGAUUUGGAAACGUCGGUGAUUAAUGUAUUGAAGCUAUUGAAACACCUUGGAAUGAGUUCCAAAGAUAUUGAGGAUGUCAAGAGGGAUUAUGCUCAUGUGUUGGGAACAAUAAAAAUGGCUAAUCUUCCUAAUGUAAUGAGGGCUUUGGGUUUACGGGAGUGGUUCUUUAAUAAAAUCAAAGAUGGGAAUCAUCAUUUGUUAGUGGGUUAUAUCACAAGCUAUCCCAAUGAACCCCAAGAUAAAUAUUAUCUUGGUGGUUUAGAGGCAGUUAGUGUUUCAAGAACCCCAGUUCACAAUAUGAAUAAAUUGAAUUUCUUGCAUGCAUUGGGCUUUGGAGAAAAUGCUUUGACCAUGAAUAUCUUAACCGACUUGCAUGGAACAAGUAGCGAGUUGCAAAAAAGAUUUGAUUGCCUUCUACAUUCAGGUAUUGAAUUCUCAAAGCUGUGUAAGAUAAUCACAAUUCGACCUAGGAUUCUAAGCCAAAACCCUGAAAUUAUAGAACAAAAGAUUAAUUUCCUCUGUCGGGAAAUGGGACACUCCUUAGAGCUUUUGGACAUUUUUCCAGCAUUCUUAUGUUUUGACUUAGAGAAACGUAUUAAGCCUAGGUAUAGAUUCCAUAUGUGGAUUAUGCAAAAGGGUCUGUGUGCCAAAAACUAUUCCAUUGCAAGCAUGAUUGCGACCAGUGACAAGAAUUUUGUUGCUCGCAUUUUUAAAAUUCACCCAGCUGCUCCGAAACAUUGGUUUGAGCAAUUCUAUAACAGCAAAUUGCUAGUAUGAUGACCAUGAUUUUUUACUGUUGAGUAUGAACACCAGCAAUCAUUCCAAAUGAUUUUGUACAGAUUCUUAAACCUGGUUAGUAAGUGCUUCCUAACUUUUGGAAUUGAAGAAUGACCUGCAAAUGUCUUAUCUUGCGUUGCUUCAUUUCCUAUGACGUGAUCUCAGUUCUAAGAGAAAGAAACCACAAAUUUUGUGAACAAUUAUCAUGCUGCUUCAAAGUGUGAUUAUAUCAGAGGUAUGACAAGUAAACUAUCUGUAAGUAUUUGUGCUUUCUACUUGACUUCAUCGUUUUCAUGUUUUCACAUGAACUUGUUUUUCCCUUUUCUAUUUUAAAAUUUAUGCUGUUACGAUGUGAUAGACCACCAUUUAAAAAAAGGUAUAGUAGGAGAAAGGGCAGGACUGCUGGGAAUUCAAACUAAAAGAUGCUGACAUGGAGUGUGUGAGUUUGUUAGGAAUAUUUUAAAAGCUGUCAUGAGAGAAUAUAUGAGAGGAGAGGGGGGAAGUGAAAGGGCAUUGAAGGAAUUGGUUAGUUUUGGGGUAAUUGGGAGGAAGUUGACCUCUCUAAGUGUCAGCAUUGUAUCUUUUGUUUCCAUAUAUUUUCUUUUUCUUGUUUAACCAGUGUAAUUUGCAUUCUUACGGUAUCAUCGAAUACCAAUACACGUGAUUCUGGUUCUUGCUUUUAGUACCCAUUGGUUCUGUUAUUGCCUCACCAUUUUAUUUCUGAUGCCCAUCAUGAUGUAGGACAAAAUUCCUUGGAAUCUAUCUGACUACUUGUAAGAUGGUAAAGGCAAAAGGUUGGCUCAUAUACUGAUACUAAAUGGCCAGAUAAAUGAGAAGAAACACCUUUAAUAUAUAUAACAAUUCUUUAUUACAUUGUAAAAGAUUCUAAGAUAUUGCCAAUGGGGGUUGACUUACAUGGUCGACCUUCUACUUAUGAAAAUUACAUGACUUGGGUUUGAACCUUGACCACCACCAUGGCUAUCUAUUACCCAAUUAUAUCUUAGUGUGUGUUUAAAUAUCUUAGUUUUAUGCACAGUAAAAAUUUAUAAUCAAAAUGCUAUGGAGAACUUGUAGCUGAGAAGAUUUAUUUUUUAUUUUUUUUUGUUUUAAAUAAAAAUUAAGCAAAACCAGAAAUGUGCUUACUUUCUCACCAAGAAGAUAAUAUAAGAUUUCAGAAAACAUCGAUAUGAACUCUAAGGUUUUACCAUGUCUGAAUAUAGAAGAUGAGAUUAUCCUAAUUAUUUCCCAAGAUGCCAAUUAAUACUAACAAACUAACAAUAUAAGUAUUUCCUAAUGAAUAAUGAUAUAUCUCUUUCUCUCCCUCUCUUGUUGCCUUUAUUGCCAAAUUCAGGUGACAAGUGCACUAUUAUUGGAUCUUGAUGUUGCUUAUGAUUAGGCCUUUUUUUUAUUUUUGAUAAACAAAAGGCCUAAGCCCAAAAGAAACAGAAAAGAAACAAACUAGAACCUACACACCACUGCCCUAGUCCUACUGACAGCAGAUAUGUCACCAAGAAGUAAAAACUGAACACCAGGAGGAGGAUCCCUCCAAAUUUGAUACAGAAGAUUGACAUCCGUAUCCAAAAUAUGAUUAGCCAUCCAAUCUGCAUAGACAUUACCUUCCCUGUAGGUAUGAUUAGGCCUUUUACUUUUGCAUGACUUUUCUCAAUGAUUUAUUUCCUUUCCCCCAUUAAGAUUAGUUGUAUAUCAUUUAUCCAAAGAGUUUGGUUAAAAAAAUCACAGAAGAUAAUCUGGCAUAACUGGAUAAUCUUCAUUUUAUGGUUGUUUUAUUGUGAGAACAAGUCCAAUCCAUCCUUCACCAGGGAGGGUGGGUCUUAGAGUUACCUACUAUUAUUUAACCAUAUUAAUGGAGCCCAAAAAUAAAAGCCGAAAAAUCAAUGAAACCCUUGCAUAGAAGAUCAUUUUAUCAUUAGUGUAAACUUCCAAGUUGCUCAGUUUAUAUAAAUACCAGUAUGAAAAGUGAUAAGAAAUGAGAUUAUUGCAAAUAAUAUUAGGUGCAGUUUAAAGCAAUUAUAACACUGCUGCAUGUUACACAGGAGCGAUAUUUCUGUGAAAGGGAAAAAGUUGAGGAGAGAGA